GAGGCUUGGAACGCGGAUGUGCGCCUCUCUUGAAGCUGAGACAUGCUUAUAGGCUCAGUCAGUCUCAUUUGUGGGCAGAAUAUGUGGACCAUAUUAAGGAGCAGGCUGUUACUCAGUGGACAUUAUUCAUCAUGUGACGUGUACCGUGCCGUGUCAAACCAUGCUUCUAUGCAGAGCAUAGCCAAGCUGCAGGAGAGAAAAAUAAACAAACUGAUCUUUCCAAUUACAGACUUGGAGAAGUUUCUAGGCCCCGGUGUUGAUACAACUUAUUUUAGGCUUUUCAAUCCCAGCCUUGAGCAGAUUGUUAAAGCUGAGGAAUUAUUUAGGUCCUCAGGCAAGCAUGUGAUCGAUUAUUACACUUCGGCUGUCAGAAUGGACCAUACACCCUCUCUCACGCAGCCAGAGGUAUGUUUCAUAGGAAGAAGUAAUGUUGGCAAAUCAACGUUGAUAAAAGCCUUGUUUUCGCUGGUGCCUGGACUUGAAGUAAGAGUGUCCAAAAAUCCUGGUCACACAAAGAAACUGAACUUUUUUAAAGCAGGGAAAGCGUUUACUUUGGUGGAUAUGCCAGGCUAUGGUUAUCAUGCACCUGAAGAUUUUACUGAUAUGGUAGAGGAAUAUCUUCAGAAGAGACAAAAUUUAAAAAGGAUAUUUUUGCUUGUGGACGGGUCCAUUGGUCUUCAAAAAUCUGAUUUAAUAGCCAUUGAAAUGUGUGAAGAAUUUGCAAAACCUUAUGUUGUUGUGAUAACAAAAAUAGACAGACCCCCUACGGGAAUUUUAUUGACGCGCUUUCUAGAGGUUCAAGAAUUUAUUGUGAAUAAAACGAACGGAUGUUUUCCCCAACCCUUCCUAAUCAGCUCCACCCAGUACUCUGGAGUCCACUUGCUCAGAUGUUUCAUUGCUCAUGUAACAGGGAAUCUCCCGUCCACCAGCUGAAUAAAUACCGUCUUUAAAUUUGCCCAUACUGUACCGGCUGGGUCUCAUUGAACUCUAUAAUUAUUGAAGAUGAAAUGCAAAUGUCUUAAAGAGAAGUAAUCCUUUAUCUCACCAAUACUGUAUCCAUAGAGUCUUUGCACUUUAACCAAUACAGUAAAUAGGGUUUAUAGUACUUAGGGUUAUUCUAACUACCUUGUGUACAUAAACUGUGGGAGGAGUGGGACACAAACAAAAGUGUUAGUCUGAAUAGUUUCAUUUGAAAACAAAUCAGAACCAAGUUGCAUCCGUUGUUUGGUUUGUCUGAAUUUCAAUUGCAAAGUUUUAUUGCAGUUAAAAUU